CUUUUGCUUACUUAUUGUGAGAAAAUACACAAUGUCACAAAAUGGUGUACACAUCUUAAUUUUUCCAUUACCAGCACAAGGUCAUAUACUUCCCCUUCUUGAUUUUACUCAUCAACUUCUUCUUCAUGGCUUUAAAAUUACUAUUUUAGUGACACCUAAAAAUGUCCCGAUUCUUGAUCCUCUUAUUUCCACACAUCCAUCUGUUAAAACUCUUGUUUUUCCAUUUCCGGGUCACCCAUCUCUUCCCGCCGGCAUCGAAAACAUUAAGGAUGUGGGGAUUGCCGGCGGUCCAGCAAUUGUUGUUGGGCUUAGUAAGCUUUGUGGCCCAAUAGUAGAAUGGUUUAAGGCCCAAUCAAAUCCUCCUGUGGCGAUUGUUUAUGAUUUCAUCUUGGGCUGGACUCAAGAUUUGGCCCAAGAAGUUGGUGUACCCGGGUUUGUUUUUUACACUUCUGGGGCUUUAUUGAUUUCUAUUAUUAUUGAUAUUUGGAAGAACUUUGAGGCUUAUAAAGAUUUGGGCCUUGUUGAGCUUAAUGGGCUUCCUAAAAGUCCAAGAUUUGUGAGGGAACAUCUUCCUCCAGUGUGUCUGAAAUUUAAAGAGGAUGAUCCAACUUGGGAGAUUAUUAGGAAUGGGUUUAUUGCAAAUACAAGGAGUUUUGGUUCAAUUUUCAAUACUUUUGAGGCUUUGGAGAGUGAUUAUUUGGGCUUUUUGAAGAAGGAAUUGGGCCAUGAGCUUGUGUAUUCAAUUGGACCGAUACAUUUAGUUGGUGGGCCGGGUAGAAUUGGGAAGUCCUAUGAGGCAAAUGAGAAAGUUUUCACUUGGCUUGAUGAGUGUCCUAAAGAGUCUGUUCUUUAUGUAGCUUUUGGAAGUCAAAAGUUACUAACAAAGGCCCAAAUGGAGGCCUUAACUAUUGGGCUUGAGAAAAGUGGAGUGAGGUUCAUUUUAGUAGUUAAACAACUGACAGCCCAACAAGAGGAACAAGGUUUUGGAUCAGUGCCACAAGGGUUUGAGGAGAGAGUUUCAGGGAGAGGCCUAGUAAUAAAAGGUUGGGCCCCACAAGUGGAGAUAUUGGGCCAUGAAGCCGUUGGUGGGUUUUUGAGUCACUGUGGAUGGAAUUCUAUGUUGGAAGCGAUAGUGGCGGGAGUAGUAAUUUUGGGAUGGCCCAUGGAGACUGACCAAUUCACCAAUAUGUGGUUGUUGGUGGACAAUAUGAAGAUGUCGAUCCGAGUUUGUGAAGGCGCAGACUCAAUGCCCGACCCGAUAGAGUUAGGUCGGAGAAUUAAUGAGGCAAUGAAUAAUGAUUUGCUCAAGGAGAGGGCCCAAAAAAUGAGAGAUGAAGCUUAUGAAGUUGUUAAAAUUGGAGGGAGCUCUAAAAGGGAUUUAGAUUUCAUUGUAAGAGAGUUGGCCCAACUAAAACGUUGAAAAUUCAUGAAUAUGGGCCAAACAAUUUCAUGUUGGGCUAAGUUUUGAUGAAUUUGGCUGGGCCUAAAAUGAACACUUAAUAUGUAUUUUUCAACUUCAGUAUAAUUGUAUGGUAUGCCUCAUUAUUU